CAUUCACCACCCCACUGACAACUUUCUUUUUCUCUUGGUCUAAGCAGGGUGUUUGACCUUCUGGCUGGGCUGUGAAUUCCCAGUGCUCAGGCGCCAGCUGUGCUCCUGAUCUCAGAAUAAAUCGGGCUGCUCUGGCCUGGCAGAGCUCAGGUCACGCUUCCUGUCGCGGCCUAGGGGAAGCUGCUGGCCAUAGGGUUCUGGUUGGGGAUUCCUGGAGGAUGGGAGGACGAGGGCGGAGGAGAGGGGACGGGGGGAGCAGGGUAGGGAGCCAGCUGCAGAGGGCGGUGACCGCUCUCGGAGUCCUCGGGGCGCAGUCGGCGGGACAGAGCUAAAUUGGGAGCAGCUGCGGGCCCAGGCCUUCGAGAUGAGGCCGGCGCUCGCCCUGUGUCUCCUCUGUCAGGCGCUCUGGCCCGGGCCUGGCGAUGCGGAGCACCCCACCACGGUGCACGGGGGCGCAGAGCUGCGCGCGGUGCUAGCGCUCCUGCGGGCAGGCCCCGGGCCUGGAGGGGGUUCCAAAGACCUGGUGUUCUGGGUGGCGCUGGAGCGCGGGCGUUCCCACUGCACCCUGGAGAGCGAACCCUUGAGGGGUUUCUCUUGGUUGACCCCCGACGCCGGUGCGUCGGAAAACGACACCCUGCCUUGGGUGGAGGAGCCGCAACGCUCUUGUACGGUGCGCAAGUGCGCGGGACUCCAGGCCACUAGGGGGGCAGAGCCCGCAGGCUGGAAGGAGAUGCGUUGCCACCUGCGCGCCAACGGUUACCUGUGCAAGUACCAGUUUGAGAACUUGUGCCCCGCGCCGCGCCCAGGGGCCGCCUCUAAUUUGAAUUACCGCGCUCCUUUCCAGCUGCACAGCUCCGCGCUGGACUUCAGUCCCCCGGGGACCAAGGUGAGUGCAACCUGCCCUGGGGAGCGCUCUGUCGCAGCCACCUGCGUUGAGGAAGAGACUGGAGCGCGCUGGGACGAGCUCCCCUCUGGCGCGGUGCUCUGUCCCUGCCCAGGGGGGUAUCUCCGUGCUGGCAGAUGCGCGGAGCUUUCUCACUGCCUGGAGGGUUUGGAACACUUUGCCUGCGAAUGUGCUGAGGGCUUCCAGCUGGGAAAGGAUGGACGCUCUUGUGUGACCAAAAGGGAAGGACAGCCAAGCCCUGGGGCGACCAAAGUACCCACCUGGAGCCAGGGGGCCACUGCAGCCAGCCCUACAGUCCAGGAGAAGCCAGGAGAGAGACCACCCAAUGUCACUGGACAGGGCAGUUCCUCAGCAUCUGUUGUGGUUCUUCAGUGGGGACCACGGAGCACGAUAUCUUCCCUUCAGAUAUCCCCUGACGCCGAACCCACAGCCAGGCUCACUCCGUGGGGAAGCAUGAUCCCCACAUUUAAUUCCACUCCUGCCUCGUCCAGGCCCCAGUCUUUUGACUUCUCCUCCACCGUGGUCUCCAUACUUGUAAGCAUAGCAGUGCUAGUGUUGGUGAUCCUGACCUUGACAGUGCUGGGGCUUUUCAAACUCUGCUUUCACAAGAGCCCUUCCUCUGAGCGAAGGAAAGGGUCUUUGGCCCCGCGGGGCGUGGAGAGUGAAGCUGAGCGCUGCAGUUCUGCACACUUCGCGGACCUUGGGGCUAAGGCCAGGGACAGAGGUGUGCAGGGCCGAGCAGAGGACUCCUCGCUGGCAGGGUCCUCUCUUGCCUCCUGGGGCACAUAGGGAAAAGACACAGGCAGUCCUUGUGAACAGACUUUGUCACUUUCGAUGAAAGGAGAGAACUUGUUCGUGGAAAAUCCCCCAUUCUAAAUUCUCUCAGCAGAGGAGCUAAAAUCUUAACAGCAAAUUCACACCCUGGAAUGUGGAAGAGGUGGAAGGGCCUUGGGGCGGUACUGGGGAACAGGGGGUUCUGGGGAAUUCGGAGAACGGAUCGAACAUUUCAAGACAUUGGAGGCAAAGAGAAAAUGACAUAAUUUUUUUAAAGUUUAUUUUUGCCAAAAUGGGGAAAAAAAUCUACCUAUAUUGUUCAGGCUGGGAAUAUAUUGCUUUGGAGUUCCCAGACAAAAAAAUAAAGGAUUUUUGAUAAGACAGACUUAAAUAUGUUUGGCCUCCAAAAGCGGUAGUUAUUUAGCAAGAGAGCAUGCUGGAAAUAACAAGUGGCUGUGGGGCACGCCGGGAUUUCCCAGAGGGGUACAGAUUGCUCUUAGAUGGAGCAGAGAGUCCGUACAACCUUGUGAGGAGGAGAGCUCAUAACUAGUGACUUCUCCCUUGGUUCUUUUGUCCUUUGCUUUCAAAGUAACUCCUACUUUUGUGCUCUGCUGCAAGUCCAAAAUGUAGUGUUGCCAGAGUUUCUGGCUCUAGAAACAAAUUAUAGUUGACCACCAAUUCAGGUAUGAACUCUGUGUCCUUGUUCAAGGCAACACAUGAUUUGUGCUUUCCUCGCCAUUGUUUGUGCUCUCCAGUGUAAUGACCUCCCCCCAACAGAUCACCUUCUGACCAUCCAGAUGCUGAUCCUCACUUCCAAUUCUACUGAUGUUAGUUCUCAAUUAAAACGUUAAUGCUAAGUAUUGAUUUGAAAUCUUCUGGGUGCAUUAAGUCUGAGUUUCUUCCAAGGUUGUUAGAUUCUCGUGGCCUUUUUAAUCCAUAAAAAGAAAAAAUCUUCAAUGCCAAGUCAUUUCCCUUUCUUCCUAAUAAGUGUGUUCAGUGACAUGUUCAUCUCAGAAGGAUCACAAUCUAACAAGAGUCUACAAGGGAAGGGCAUGGUAAACAGAUUUCCCUAAGAAUUAAUAUUAUAAGAAAGAAAUGAUACAAUCUAUCAUCUUGUUAUGAUUUUGGAUAUUAGAAAGCAAUCAAAGAGGAAUAGCCCUAUGAAAAAUAAUACAUGAUGAAAAUCAUGAUCUAGUGGUCUCAAGGUGCCUAAAAACAUCCCACUUUUAUUAGUAUGCUAAGAUUUGAGUAUUAGAGAUUGGUGCAUGGAGAGAAUAAAUAAGUUUAGAAAUGGGAAAGAACAAAAAGGAAAAAGCAUAUGCUUCAUUUUCAUAGAAUCAUUUUGAUGUUCCUGUGUACAGUGUAUACAGCGGAGGGUGGAAUUA